GGUGUCUUGUCUGCCCGCCUGCUCUCGCUCUCUCUCUCUCUCCCUCUCUCAAUCAGCGAGGCUACUGCCACCACAGCCAAGAGUUGCCGUUCCGCGCACCGAUGCCAAAACGCGCAGGAGGAGACAGUGCCAAAGGGUCAUUUUAGCGCACCACUGCUGAAAUCGAAGGACUGUAGGGAAUCCUAGAAUAAACAGCAGCCAUCUGACCCUAGGUGAUAUAAUCAUAUCAUUAGAAUUAAGAAAGGGGAAAAGAGAAAGGAGCCAAAUAAGAGCCAAUACCUAUCACCGGUGGAGUGCACCGUACUUGAUCUGUCACCAGGGUCGCUGCAGAGGUGGGCACUCCAGGAUUUUUAUCUGAAAAAGGUGUUGAGUUCUCCGAAGACGCUGCCGGACACUGUGGACAAACUGGUCUUCCAUCCUUAUUGCGCUCUGACCGACUCUUCACGUUCCGAACGCGCAGCAAAGUUGCAUCUGAAGACUGUGAAUAGCAUAGGGAUUAGGAGGAGGGAAAGUUGUUCUCCUGCGAUCCAGAGAGGACCGACACCACGGUCCAAGCCGACUCCAAGUGCCGUUCACCGGGCGAUGCCAGAGUAAAUGCCGGGGCAAUGUCCCGCCGCAAGCAGGUGAACCCGCAGCACUUAUCGUUGACGCACAGGGAGACAAUACAAGCAGAGGCCAAUCAUGAUUCAGGGGCGGGAUCUCCUCCUCCAGAGCCAUCCACCCCCAGCCCUCGGAGGGCAGGACCUGGGGAACAUGAUCUACUAACCUGUGGCCAGUGCCAGACCAACUUCCCUCUAGGCGAUAUCCUGGUCUUCAUCGAGCACAAGCGCCGUCUGUGCCGGGGCCCCGGGAGCAGACCGGGGUCUUUCUCCAAGCCUGGGGAGAGUGGCGGGAUCACGGGCAUUCCCAUUUCUCCCAGGGCCAGGUCACUGGAGCUGAUUAGAGGGUCCAUUCCAGUGGAGGUGGGCAUCCAGGUGACCCCCGGAGGAGAAGAGGAUGAGGACAGGAGACUUACGCCGGCCAAGGGAAUCUGCCCCAAACAGGAGAGAGGAGAUAAAGAUGAGCCAUCCAGCUACAUCUGCACUACCUGUAAGCAGACUUUCACCAGCGCCUGGUUCCUGCUUCAGCAUGCCCAGCACACUCAUGGCAUCCGCAUCUACCUGGACAACCACCCAGCCAAUUGCUCCCUCACUCCCCGCAUGGCUCUGCCUCCACCCCCAGGUGCUGAUGCCCUGCCCCGUUCUCCUCUCCCCACUUUCCUCGGUGACACAAACAAUCCAUUCCACCUCCUCCGCAUGGCCGCACCCCUGCUCAGGGAACAUCCCCCUCCUCCAGCUUACAUGGAGACCCGGCUACCUGCAACACCACCCUUUGUCAGCCCUCCACCUCCACCAAGACCUCCUCUAGAGCGACUAGGUCCAGAGGAGAUGGGGCUGCUGUCCCAGCACCCCAGUGCCUUUGAGAGAGUGAUGCGGAUGACCCCCAUGGAGCCUCCUUCCAUGGAUUUCUCCCGACGUCUGAGGGAACUGGCAGGCAACACGACCAAUAAUGGGGGGCCCACACCCCCCCUCUCACCCAAUCGUGUGCCACCCAUGCACCGCCUGCUUAGUCCCACGCUUUUCCAGCCUGGCGCCAAGCCCCCAGCAUUUCUGACCUACGCCCCACAGCCACCCACCUCUCAGGGGGGACAUGGUUCUUCCAGCCCUCCUGACACGCAGGGUCAGAACCAGGCCCCGGGAAAAGCUAAAUCCUGUGAGUUCUGCGGCAAGAUUUUCAAGUUCCAGAGCAACCUGAUUGUCCACAGGCGCAGUCACACAGGAGAAAGGCCAUACAAGUGUCAUCUAUGUGACCACGCCUGUUCCCAGGCAAGCAAGCUUAAAAGGCACAUGAAGACACAUAUGCACAACAAGACUGGGUCCAUGAGUGGCUCCCCAGAACAGGGAAAUAGAGGAGAGGGAGGAGAGGGUGAAGAGAAGAGUAGAGAGGGAGAUUCAAGAGGGAUGGGGAUGGACAAUGAGGAGGAGGAGGAUGAAGAGGAGGAAGAAGAAGAGGAGGAAGAGGAAGAGGAGGAAGAGCUGAGGAAUGGAAGUCGGCCAGAUUCCAACUUAAGUGAGGACUCACAGGAGUUCAGCCAGAAUAGGGAGAAUGGCCCAAGACAGUCUCCCGUGGAGAAGCCCCUGAGCAGGGAUAGAGUAAGUGACAGUGGCGGGGUGGGCAUCAUGCACCCGUACAACCAUGUGGACAAUCACCUUAGACUUAACCCUAAUAAGAGAAGCCUGGAGAGACAACCUAAUGGAGAUGGUGGAGAGAGGGGUGAAGCAGAAAGAGAAAGAGAAAAUGACAGGGAGCAGGACAGAGAGCGAGAUGAGCAGGAGGACCAGAGGCCUGUGAUGAAUGGCAGAAUUAGUGUAUCUGAAGCAGACUCCUUCCCUGGGCUAUUCCAGCGUCGGCCCACCCCCAUCACCAGCCCGAGCCCCUCCAACAACAAGAGGAUCAAGAUUGAGAAGGAACAGCUGGAGCUUCCUCCAACCAUACCCCUUAUCUCCCCGGAGAAUGUCUACUCUCAACUCCUGGCUGGCUACGCUGCUUCACGACACUUCAUCAGAGAACCCUUCUUGGGAUUCACCGAUUCCCGUCAGUCGCCAUUCGCCACCUCCUCAGAGCACUCCUCUUCAGAGACAGGAAGCCUCCGCUUCUCCACCCCGCCUGGUGAGCUGAUGGAAGGAGGGAGUGCCUCGGGCCGAAGUGGCAGCAGCACUCCUCACCUCCUGCGGGGACCAGGACCAGGGAGGCCCCCGAGCUCCAAGGAGAGGAGGAAUGACACCUGUGAGUACUGCGGCAAGGUGUUCAAGAACUGCAGCAACCUGACGGUGCACCGACGGAGCCACACGGGGGAACGGCCCUACAAGUGUGACCUGUGCAGCUACGCCUGCGCCCAGAGCUCCAAGCUGACACGCCACAUGAAGACCCAUGGGCAAUUUGGAAAAGAGGUAUACCGCUGCGACAUCUGCCACAUGCCCUUCAGUGUCUACAGCACACUGGAGAAACACAUGAAGAAAUGGCAUGGCGAACAUUUGAUGGCCAGUGAGGUCAAACUAGAGCAGGCGGACAGAGGUUAAGACAGCAACCAUUAGUUAUACAGCCUACAGUGUACUCAAGCAAACACUCACAUACACAUACAAAAGCUCACACACAUGCACACACAAAUUCCCUAUUGCCAAUUCUUCAGCUAUGGAGCUUGGCUGGAUAAUCUCCCUCUUUAAAAAAAUUGAGACUGAUUGAUGUUCAUCUUUUUUUCUUGUCACAGAAACUGCCACCUGAGAAUAUAAACAAAGGGAAACUUUAAUGAGAACUUGUCUGGAAUUCCCAACUUGGUGUUUCUUGGCAAUCUGUCUGAAGAUUUUAUCAGUUAGGAAUCCAUGGAGCCUUUCUACUGUGCAAUAAUUUCUGUAUUUAUUGGAUUUUUGUAAUGAUAUUUGGCAUGUGCAGGUACAUCUUUGUGGGAUUUCAUAUGGAGUUAGUUUUGAAAUGUGCUAAAAAAAAAUUUUUUUUUCUAAAAUGCGAUAACUGGAAAGAAGUCACCCUUAAUACAAAUUUUCUUUAUUUCCUUUAAGGAAGCUUAUUAUCAUGUGAGAGUAAAAUUGUGUGAAGCAGUUAGCUUUUAAAAGUAAAAAUAAUUGUUUUCUAUAUUGACUGCAGCAGCGGACUACAAUCCAUUCCCUCAUACAGGCCUAAAGCACUGAAUGUCAACCUGACAAUAAAACAUCAUGCUGGAUUUUAAAAAUCCAACAUUGUCUUAUAGACCUGAUAAGUUACUUUUAAUUUAUUCAGGGAAUUUGUCCUUUUUUAAAUAUUGGCAUGUGAAUUUAAUCAAAAUGUAGUUAAUGUAUGACUGUCCUUGCUUCAGUCAGGACAUAAAUAAAGGCUGCACUUAAUGGAGGUACCCUUAACUGACACUCAGAACAUUCCCUAUGUAGGACUAAAGCAACAUAUUUAAUAUGUUGAAUAAGUUAAGACUACUUGUGAUUAAUGUGAGAAGGCGAACAGUCCUGUUUAUUGUUUGUAAAUAUUUUCUUUUUUUAUAUAUUAAAGUUGCCCUGACUGUACGUGAAAGAUGGCCUAAAAUUAAACAAUCAGAGGACCAGCUGCUUGCAUCAUCUACAGUAUAUGCUAAGUGUAACUACCAUACAUUAUUGCUUUAUCAAACCCACUUGAUUACCUCCCCCACUCCCCCAACUCAUGUGUGCUUACUCAAAGGCAAUUUGUUAACUGAAAGCUACUUCAACAGUUGUAACACUUUCUGAAUCUUUUUCUAUCUCCCUCUCGUGUCUGGCAUGGCAUCUCUCUCUCUGACCCAGGUUGACUUCCCCUGUCCCCUUAGGACCGACAAAAUGGUUUCAAAUGAAAUUCAUAUCAAUAUGUGUUAGCGUAUGUGUUCUUCUCUCUGCAGUGUGCUCUAAGCCUCACUCCGACGGCGUCUUUUCACAGUUCACUAGCUCAGAUUCAUGCAUUAGCGCGGCUUUUAAAAGGAAGCCUGUUCAUUCGCCUCACAAAGUGAUAUGGGUUUAACUCCCAGUAACAGAUUUUGAGACACUGUGCAUGUUUGUGACUUUUGGGGAUUAUGGUUUUUAUUUUCUGCAUCAUUCAUCCUGAAAUGAAUCUGGUGCAAAAAAAAGAAGGCUAUAUGAGUUAUGAUAAUUUUGAGCACAGUUACACUGGGGGAAUGGCUGGGCGACCUUGAGUAGGGGCUAUUUUUAGGGUGGAAUGAAAGUUUGGAGCUGAGAAAUGAAGACAUGUGAGAAACAAAUGGAGGGAGAGAGGGCGAGACCUUGACCAGGGAGAAGAGUCAUUCAAAUGAAAUUGGAAGCAUAUGAAAAUUGUGUGUGUUUUGUUUUUUUUUGUACGCAAAUGCACAUCUAGUGGUCACAUCUUAUAAAGGACCAUCAGAGUGAGACAGAAGGACCGUGAGAAGGAGGAAGCCACAUGAAAAGAGAAUGAGACUACAUCUUUCAUUUUGCUACUGCAAUUCUCAGUUAUCAAAAUUAUCUUCACUUGAAAGUUUGACCUACUUUUUUGGCGUGCUGUCAGGUUUUAUGUGCAGCAUUUCAUUUUAAUAGAAAAAAGGAAUACAGUGUACCUUCAAUGCAAAUUCCUCUUUUCGUUAUUUUAGAAAGGAAAUUAUGUCAAGGUCACAGCAGCUCUCCACCACACAGUUCAAUAUAUUUUAGUGAAUUAACACAAGAAGUGAGAUCGGCUGAAGAGCUAAGUUCAGCUUGCUCACACAUGUUGAUGCAUGAGUACAAAACUCAAAGUCCUGUCAUAAAUGCAUAGUGGAUUAAUUCCAAGAAUAUUCAGUUCAGAAUUAGGCUAAAAUGAGCCAUACAGCAAUGAAAUAUAUCCCAUUGAAAUGAACAGUGGAACCCUGACAGAGAUCCAAAUCACACAUGGACAUUCAGUCUUACAAUAUGUUUACAGUGUUGAAGUAUGCCAUUAAUGAAAUACUCUGUGUAAGUGUUUAAAAUGAUAAUAAAGUAUUGUUUUCUCCAAUGAUCUUUCAACUGUUUUUGAAUGCCAUAGCAGUUUUGUAAUAUUAUCCUGGUGGAGGGAUUUUAUCUUCAUGAAUAUGUUUCUGUAUGAUUACUUGUUCACUGUAUGGGAAGACGCUUUUUUAAAUGUAAUAUUGCAGAAUCAUGCCAGAUUAUUAUUUUUUUCUAAUAAGAGUGGUGCCAUUAUUGACUUUUGUUUUCUUCAGUCUUUUCUUUUAAUUUUUUAAUUCUAAUUUUUUUUUUGAAUGACGUUCCUGUUGGUUUGGUGAAACUAUCCCUCAAGGAUGUAAAAUAAAAUAAUUUAAAAAAUGAGAAAAAUUAACCUAAAAGCUGAAUCUUUGGCAGGAGAAUACAAUGGUUUGUGAGUGAAUGUUUUUCCAAAUUCAUUCUAUGAGACAUCCAUGGACAUUAAGUUUUUUGCUGUUUUUUCUCAUGGUUGGCUGAAGGUCUUGUGAUGGCACUUACAGCUGUAAUUUUAAAUACAUUUUCAUAUUUCACUUUUCACAACUUUCACUUACACACUUUGUACAAAAUAGUUUCCUUGUUCUUUUUGGGGGGAGUGCAUCAUUGUGAAAAAAGUGAUUUCAGAACAGUACACAUCUGCUGUUUUGAACAUAUAUGUAUUUUUGUAAUGUGUUGAAAAAUCA